CCGAUCUGAGACUGAAUCCCUGCUACAGCAGCGGCUCCACCUGAGGCAGCAGGUCCAUCCGAAGCAGCAGCUCCACCUGAGGCAGUGGCCCCAGCAGUUCUUUGAGGAGAGACGAUGCCGCACGGUAGAGCCAAGAUGGAGGCGGACAGGAACGGCGUUUCCAAACCUGAGUCGGCUCGUUCCGGCCACCAGCAGCACGGCGCCACCGUCAGCUUCCACAACAUCCACUACAAGGUGAAGCAGGGGGGCGGCUUGCUGUGUCUGAGGAAGGCCACCACCAAAGACAUCCUCAUCGACCUCAGUGGGAUUAUGAAGCCGGGCCUGAACGCCAUCAUGGGAGCAACGGGCAGCGGCAAGUCAUCGUUUCUGGAUGUUUUAGCAGCCAGGAAGGAUCCGGCAGGUCUCUCCGGGGAAGUCUUGAUCAACGGAGCUCCUCAGCCCCCCAACUUCAAGUGUCUGUCAGGAUACGUGGUGCAGGACGACGUGGUGAUGGGAACUCUGACGGUGAGAGAGAACUUCGCCUUCUCGGCGGCGCUGCGCCUCCCGACGAGCAUCAGCGAGGAGGAGAAGAGGCAGAAGGUGGAGCGACUGAUCCACGAGCUGGGCCUGGGCCGGGUGGCCGACUCCAAGGUGGGCACUCAGCUGAUUCGCGGGGUCUCGGGAGGCGAGAGGAAGAGGACGAACAUCGGCAUGGAGCUGAUCAUCGACCCGUCCGUCCUGUUCCUGGACGAGCCCACCACGGGCCUCGACGCCAGCACGGCGAACUCGGUGCUGCUGCUGCUGAAGAGGAUGGCGAAUCACGGUCGCACCAUCAUCCUCUCCAUCCACCAGCCCCGAUACUCCAUCUACCGCCUGUUCGACAGCCUCACCCUGCUGGUCAACGGCAAACAGGUUUACCACGGCCCGGCGCAGAGAGCACUGGAUUACUUCUCAGACAUCGGAUACACCUGUGAGGCCCACAACAACCCUGCUGAUUUCUUUCUGGACGUCAUCAAUGGAGACUCGACAGCCGUCGCCUUCAAUGAUGAUGAUGGUGACGACGAAGAUACUAAUCCAGAUUCCAGAAAAAUCACUCUGUCCCGGAGAAGGAUCGAGGACAAGCUGGUGGAGGAGUACAGAAACUGUCACUACUUCAAAGAGACCAAAGCCGAGCUGGAAAAGAUCGUGAUGGGGAAGCAGCUCACGUCCUCGGUCCGCUCCAGGACCAUCACCUACCACACCGGAUUCUUCACGCAGUUCAGAUGGGUUCUCAAGAGGACGUUCCGCAACCUCCUGCUCAACCCGCAGACCUCCGUCGCCCAGGUGAUGGUGACGUUGUUCCUUGCCCUGGUUGUUGGCGCCAUCUUCUUCGACGUCCAGCUUAAUUCCAGCGGGCUGCAGAACAGGUUUGGCGCUCUCUUCUUCAUCACGGUGAACCAGUGUUUCAGCUCCAUGUCGGCCGCCGAACUCUUCAUCACAGAGAGGAAACUCUUCGUUCAUGAGUACAUCAGCGGGUACUACAGGCUGUCGGUCUACUUCCUGACUAAGAUCCUGUCUGACAUCCUCACCAUGAGGACCAUCCCCGCCAUCAUCUUCAGCUGUGUGGCCUACUUCAUGAUCGGGUUCAAGGCCGCCGUGGACUCCUUCUUCCUCUUCAUGUUCUCCGUGGCUCUGGUGGCCUACACGGCCACCUCCAUGGCCAUGGCCAUCUCGGCCGACCAGACGGUGGUGGCCAUCGCCACCAUCUUCAUGACCAUCAUCUGUGUCUUCAUGAUGAUCUUCGCGGGUUUGCUGGUGAGUCUUCCCUCCAUCCCCAGCUGGCUCGCCUGGUUGAAAUAUCUCAGCAUCCCCAGAUACGGCCUCUCUGCUCUCUCCAUCAACGAGUUCACCGGACUCGUCUUCUGUCCUGAAGACAACCGCAACAACUUCACCAUCUGCACCGGCGAGCAGUACCUCACCUCUCAGGGCAUCGAUUACUCCACCUGGGGCUUCUGGCAGAACCACAUGGCGCUGCUUAUCAUGACCGCCUGCUUCCUCACCAUCACGUACCUGAAGCUGCGCUUCGUCAGGAAGUUCACGUAGAGCCUUCAUCGUCGUCUUUGUCACGGUCCCAGGUUUUCCGGGGAACUGGGCUGGUCUGUAACCCGGCACCAUCAGAUCAGGACUGUGCAGGUUGUUUUUGGUGUCAGCGUCCCGGUUAUUGAUCGAUCACUCCUCACUGUCUCGCUCACACUGCAGCGUUCGCUCAAUCCUUCCCGUCCUUGU